AUGCAUUUUGGGAGCCUGCCCCAAACCCUAGCAGUAGUGAGGAUGUUUCUCAACACAACAUGCCCAGGUGCAGGGACUAUCCAAGUGUUCCAUGGGAAAGCCAACGACCCUGAUAUUGCCAGUAUUCUAGUUCAUGGAGUGAGCAGCCAAGCUUCUAUUUCUGGCGGAUUAGUGAUCAACCCACCACCUAAGACCAUCUACCAACAGAGGUUACAUCAGCUCCGUGAAGCUGGGUAUUCCACCAAUCAAAAAGCCCCCCUGGGCAGGUCACAUGAUCAGAGCCCUGGGCUUCCAAAUUGGUUCGACACCGACACCGGCAAAGCCACAUUUGCUGUGAAAUCCCCCCAAACUGCAGGUGCGAUUAUCAACCCACCUAAAAGCGUGGAGCAGGUGGAGACAGAGGCUCAGGAGGGACACCAGUCUUAUAUCUGCUCCCACAAUGCCUACUUUCUCGGUGAACAGGUUGAUAGGAAAUACAAGUGGAGUCGUUAUGGAAAGGACGGCAGGUUCGGAGUGCCUACUCCCCACCACAACGAUGGACGCAGUGUCUCCAAAUCUCUCCACUGAUUGUGUGAUACUCAGAAGCAUAACAGCAAAUUUGUUUCUCAGAGAUGUGAUGACAGGGAAAGGAUACAGCCACAGAUUGGCAAAGUGCAUGACCUCAUAGCAGACACGUUGAAAGUGCCAGCAGGUCAUACAUUUGGAAUCUUGAUGCGGCCAGAUGACUUUGGUGCGGGUGACCUUCUCCACUCCACCCCUCCAGCAGAGUACCAGAAAGGCACAGAGUACCAGAAGCACCUCAAGAAGGUCAACUUCCACAACUUUAACUCCCUGCUGCAGGCCUUCGGGCACAACGACAAGAAGGGUCAGGGUGUGAUUGACGAGGAGGACCUGCAGGACGUGUGUCAUCAGUUUAACCUGGACCUGAGUGGGCCGGUGCUGGAUGACUUGAUGGAGUACUGGGACAUGGACAAAGAUGGACUCAUCAACUUUCAGGAGUUUGCCAAUUUCCUCAACUGGAAGGACAAAAUGCCCAUCAGUAAAGUGGAGCAGCGCAUUCUGACCAGUGACUAUCAUAUGUAUGGGACUCCCACAGUGCGCACCGACCUGGUGGCCCCGCAGAUCAAGCGCGUCAGCGACAGCACUAACUACAGUGACCAGACCACAGCCUUUGACCUCCUGUAUCCUACGCUGUACUCCCUAAGGGGAGUCCACAAGGAGCACUUCUUCUGUCCCCGCACCAAAGAGGAGAUCACUGACAUAUUCCGAAAUGUGGGCGUGAGUAUUUCCGAGGAGACAUUUGCGGAGGCGUGGAAGCUGGCAUCCAUGAGACACCCCACUGGGGACAUGUGUGUGGAGAUUUUCCGGGACGUUCUAAAGGAAAUUCAAGCUAAUUAAAUCUGAAUAGUAUCUUUUACCUCCUCAGUAUCUAUUCCGUGAAAGAAUGUACUUCAAGUAUUCCAUAUACAACAAGUGUUGUACUUCUUUUUUUUCUUUGAGACUAACUAUUAAUUGAGCAAAUUAUUUUUGAUUGUGGACUGUAAUAUAUUUUCUUAUGUUGAGAGCAAUAAGCUGUUGCUAGAAUUGUAACGGUUGUCCAAAGGAGUUGACCAAGGUGCAGCGUGGUAAGUGUUCAUCUUGAUAUUUACUUUUACUCAGAACGCUUAAACAAAAUAAUAAACAAUGGCAAACGACCGUCACAUCUUGCAGGCUCACCGAGCAGUAAAAAAAUAAGA